CUCGUCUUGCAGUCGGAAUAUUGCGAGCAGGUCCGUGGUCAGCUUGCCAGUGCGGAGGAGAAGAAGUCGAAGAAGCGGCGCCAGCGCCUUCUGGGAGACGGGCUACCGAGGCUGCUCACCGACGACGAGUUCUUCACCCGAGUGCAAGAACAUGAGGCGCAUCUUCGUGCUGAAGCCGACAAGAAAGAGUCUCGGAAGCGUGGCAAAGAUGCCUGGGUAAAGGCACUGGCAGAGUGGAAGCUGCUCGACAAGGAGAGGAAGCGGAGGAAUGACUUGAAGCUCGUUGCAUGGAAGACUCAAGUCGAGAGGUGGGAGGAAGAGCGCGACCUCGCAAAGGCUGAGAAGCGGCGGCCGAGUUGGACCAAACCAAAGCGGCCCACAAAGGAGCUCGAGCCA